AUGGUUUCCGACGGCUUCAAGCUUAAGGAGGUCGACGACGUGGUCUACGAGGUCGACGCUUCGAUGAUCGUCGUCCAGGAGGGUGACGUUGACAUUGGUGGCAACCCCUCCGCCGAGGAGCAGGCCGAGGCCCUCGAGAACGGUGCUGAGCAGGUGAUCGACAUUGUCCACUCGUUCCGUCUCCAGUCGACCUCGUUCGACAAGAAGUCGUACCUCACCUACCUCAAGAGCUACAUGAAGUCGAUCAAGACCAAGCUCCAGGAGUCGAACCCCGAGCGCGUCCCCAUCUUCGAGAAGAAGGCCGCCGAGUUCGCCAAGAAGAUCGUCACCAACUUCAAGGACUACGAGUUCUUCACCGGCGAGUCGAUGGACCCCGAUGGCAUGGUCGCCCUCCUCAACUACCGCGAGGACGGUGUCACCCCCUUCCUGAUCUUCUGGAAGGACGGCCUGAACGAGACCAAGAUCUAA